GUCUAACAGACCCUGAAUGGAGUAAGUAGAAGGUAGUUGCGCGGUGUGAGAUCGGAACCGAGCAGUAAUGCGUGUGCGGCGAUUGGCACGUGCAUGGUGCAGGGAUGCCGAUGCGAAGUAGUUGACGCCUGUGUUCGCGAGGUGCGCCUCGCGUCGCCGUAUCGUAUCCAUCAGAUAUUCAGAUUCACAACCCCACGCCGCCUCGCCCUCGCCCACCGCGGCGACACCUACAAAGCCCGCGACGAGGGCCAAUGCCAUUGGCGUGACAAGGCGGGGAGCGCGACGCGACGCGAGGGCGGAGAGAGCGAGGGAGGGGAGAGGAGGAGGAGGAGGUUGAUGGCGUCGCCGGCGGUGGUGGCGUUCGCGGUGGCGGUGGCGGUGGCGGCGCUGGCGGCGUUCUGCGGGACGGACCCGCUGCGGACGGGGAGCAUGGUGGACUUCCCGGGCUUCGUCCCCCACGUCGUCGAGCUCCCCGACGCGUCGGAGAUGCCGCCCCACGCGGACACCCGCGAGCGCCUCCGCGGCGCGGAGAUCCGGUUCCGCGGCGAGGUGCAGGGCCCCGAGAGCGUCGCGUUCGACCCGCUCGGCCGGGGACCCUACACCGGCGUCGCCGACGGCCGCGUCGUGCGCUGGGACGGCGCCCGCUGGGUCUACUUCGCGCACUCCUCCCCGAACUGGACCGCCGAGCUCUGCGGCCACAAGGCGUCGCCGCUCGACUACCUCAAGGACGAGCACAUCUGCGGCCGCGCGCUCGGCCUCCGAUUCGACCGGAGGACGGGGGACCUCUACAUCGCCGACGCCUACUUCGGCCUCCUCAAGGUCGGCCCCGACGGCGGCCUCGCCACCCCGCUCGCCACCGAGGCCGAGGGCGUUCGCUUCAACUUCACCAACGACCUCGACCUCGACGACGACGGCAACGUCUACUUCACUGACAGCAGCAUCCACUACCAGAGACGGCAUUUCAUGCAAUUGGUUUUCUCUGGAGAUCCCUCAGGGAGGCUUCUGAAAUACGACCCGAACACAAAGAAAGCAACAGUUCUCCACCGCAACAUUCAGUUUCCGAAUGGGGUGUCCAUGAGCAAGGAUGGCUUGUUCUUCGUCUUCUGCGAAGGAUCCCGUGGCAGAUUGAGCCGAUACUGGCUGAAAGGGGAGAAGGCUGGAACCGUGGAUCUUUUCGCCAUCCUGCCUGGGUUUCCAGACAAUGUGAGGACCAACGACAAGGGUGAAUUCUGGGUAGCAAUCCAUUGCAGGCGCAGCAUAUACGCCCGAAUGGUCAGUCGCAAUGUCAGGCUGAGGAAGUUCUUGCUCAGCCUCCCAAUCCCUGCCAAGUACCACUACCUGAUGCAGAUCGGCGGCAAGCUCCACGCUCUGAUCAUCAAGUACAACCCCGAAGGCGAGGUGCUUGACAUCUUGGAGGAUACCACAGGGCAGGUGGUAAGAGCCGUUAGUGAAGUUGAGGAGAAGGAUGGGAAGCUCUGGAUAGGAUCCGUUCUGAUGCCCUUCAUUGCCGUCUUCGAUUACGCCAAUGCAUCUUAGCAAACUUUAUGCCUGGAUACAAGGGUUAAAAUGUGGAAUCCCAGAAUGACGUUUGCACACCAUUUACCACUAUCCCGGGUGACAUUUCAUAAAUGCCGCUUUCAAGUAACAACCUAAGUUGUUUCAUGUUUCAGUUUUUUCGAAGCAGAUGUAGCUUGCUUACAUUUUUAGUUCAUUUUCACAGUCCAUGACUCCAUGUUCGUUUGGUGCCUUCUUAUUGCGCUCGAUAAUAAUUUGUGAAAUUGCCGGAUUCUCUGAUCCGGUGCAGUCUGUUCACUGUUGGAUCCUAUUGGGCCGGUACAAGCCACUUGUCUCUGA